AUGAAAAGCAUAGGAGGCGGAGGUGGUGAUGGUGGUGCCAUUAUUCCACUUCAUCAUGGAUGUGGAAAUAUAAGGGUCACUACUACUAACCCUUCCAUGUGUUCAGUUGGUCCUCCUUUCACAGCCAUAGAAAGGUUUUUGUGGGGACAACAGCAACAGACACAGUAUAACGUAGCAAACAAUGGCCAUGCAAGUAUUUUUGGUGGUUCAACCUACAAGUUUAUGUGGCCUAAUAAUAGUAGUACUACUCAAGAAGUGAGCUAUGCUGAACAGAUCAUUUUUGCAAAUAAUAAUGAAGAGGCUCUGAAUUGGACACAACAAGUGUGCUUCAAAGAAGAUGGGAAGAAUAUUGCCAAAGUGGUGGGAAGAAGACCUAAGAAAGGGUCUUCUGUGCCCUUGAUCAAAGGACAGUGGACUGAUGAAGAAGACAGGAAACUGUUGAAGUUGGUGAAACAACAUGGUGUAAGAAAAUGGUCUCUGAUAGCCGAGAAGUUGGAUGGAAGGGCUGGAAAGCAGUGUCGAGAGAGAUGGCAUAAUCAUCUGCGGCCUGAUAUUAAGAAAGAUAGUUGGAGUGAAGAAGAAGAGAGGAUAUUAGUAGAAACUCAUGCCAAGAUUGGAAACCGUUGGGCAGAGAUUGCGAAGUUCAUUCCCGGAAGAACAGAAAAUGCAAUAAAGAACCAUUGGAAUGCAACAAAAAGGAGGCAAAACUCAAGGAGAAAGAACAAAAGAGCAGGAACCUCAAAUGGGAAGCCACAACCCUCUAUUCUCCAAGACUACAUCAAAAGCUUGACUCUGAUCACCAGCACCACCACCUCUCCCGUGGAACAACAAAUUGCACCUCAGCUCUCUAAUUCUGUUACCAAUAAUGAAAAUUCUUCACUAAUGGCUGAGUCUUAUGAUGAUGAGUUGCUAUUCAUGCAACAACUUUUCAAGGAGAAUAAUGCCAAUAAUGUUGAAUCUCUUAAGCACUCCAAGAAUAUUAUCAAUAACUCUUCUGCAGCCUCCUUGGAUUGUUAUUAUCAUCAAACUAAUUACAAUGGUGGUGGUCAGCUUCUCACUGAUGUCACUCAAUGUGGGUUUGUUGUUCAUUCCAACCCUAACACAACAAACUCACAUCACAACAACAUGUGCUUGGAUGAGAGUCUCUUCAUCUCUAGAAAGAGUACUACUCCUCAUGCUCCUAUCAACUACCUUGAUUCCGAUCAUGUCUAUCUCUCUCACUUGCUUAAUGGAACUGCUGGUUCAUCAUUUUGCUAUAAUAAUUAUGGGGUUCACAACCAGAACAACAUGGAGUUGCAGCUGGGGAAUCAAGAUUGUUUUGAGGAAAGAGGGAGAUGGAUAUGGUAG